AUGAUGAUCAGGAGUGGCUGGUCCCCGCUGUCACCAGCUGACGGGGUGUUGCACAUUGCGCAGACACAGGCCAUCAACGACAUCGUCAACGACUACAACCUGGCAGCCGCAGCCAGCGUGUCCACGCCCAUGCGUGUUGGCAUCGACGCCUCCAGCAUCAGCGAGCAGCCCGACCGACGCUUGCCUUUCCGCAACCUCGUGGGCUCGCUCCUGUACCUGGCCAACCGCACGAGACCAGACGUCAGCUUCGCGUGCGGACUGCUCUGCCGUUACAUGGACCGUUACACGACGGUCCACUGGCAGGCAGCCAAGCACGUCGUGCGGUACCUGAAGGCGACGAGCGAGCACGGCCUCCUCUUCAAGCGACGCAGCGGCACGUGCAAGGACCAGCCGCUGGACCUUGUGUGCUACAGCGAUGCCAGCUUCGGCACAGACCAGCUGACAGGCCGCUCCACGACGGGCUUCACCUGCUACAUCAACGGCUGUCUUGUGUCUUGGAGCAGUCGGCUGCAACCCACGGUUGCGCUGAGCACCGCUGAGGCCGAGUACAUGGUCAUCGCCGCUGCAGCGCAGGACGUCGUCUUCCUGCGGCAGCUGCUCAUGGACCUCGACGAGCCCGAGGCUGGAGCCACCAAGAUACUGACAGAUAACCAGGCGGCCAUCGCCAUCGGCAACGACCACGUCACCAGGCCGCGCACAAAGCACAUCCGGGUACGCCACCACUUCGUGCGGGAGCUCAUCGCCGACGGAACCAUUGUGCUGCAGCACUGUCCCGGCACACGGAUGGUUGCCGACGCGCUGACCAAGGCACUGGACAAGCAGACCUUCGAGCAGCACCUUCCACGACUGGUGGGAACAGCGACGGCUGAGACGGAGCAGAGGAAGGCAGUUGAGGGGGAGUGUUGA